UGCAAGUUCCAAAGGUGUGAUGUGAACCUCAACAACCUAUCUGUAGUGAGUAAGCAACAAAGAGAUUGUAGAGCUGCAUGCGACUGUCACCAACCUUUAUGUAAUAAUCCCCACAUUCCCACGCCACAAAAAACCCAUCAUUAAUAGUUUAAUACUCCAUAUAAGAGGACCCGCCAACGCAAGACCAGCAAAUUUAAUCCCAAAAUCACUAUGCUUCCUCUUGAUUUUAACGAAUUUCGCGAAAAGCUUUCCACUCAGUUCAGACCGUGGCAGCGCUCAUUCCAAUUCUGGGUUCGAGCUGUUGAUAUCUACACUGGUUACAAGGUGUUUCAAGUGCGAGUAAAUUUUGAGAGAGAUGCGGCGAAGAGGGAGGUAAUAUGGGAGAAUCAGCACCAGCUUGCUGCUGAUAAGAUAUACAAUAUGUGUGCUGAUCUCGGCGGUUUUUUUCUUAAGGUGGCUCAAAUUAUUGGGAAGCCAGACUUGGCUCCUGCGGCCUGGGUGAAAAGGCUAGUCACACUGUGUGAUCAGGCCCCACCUACUCCGUACAAUGUGGUCAAGGUUGUGUUGGAGAAGGAAUUGGGUCGAAGUAUUGAUGAACUGUUUGAUAGAUUUGAUAUCGAACCUCUUGGUUCUGCAUCAAUUGCACAGGUCCACAGAGCAAGACUAAAAGGUGAUAAAACUGAUGUCGUUGUGAAGGUUCAGCAUCCUGGUGUGCAGGAUCUGAUGAUGACUGAUAUUCGCAAUCUGCAAGUUUUCGCCUUAUACAUGCAAAAGACAGAUAUAAAAUUUGAUCUGUACUCUGUAACUAAAGAAAUGGAAACACAGAUUGGAUAUGAGUUCAAUUUUCUGAGGGAAUCAGAUGCGAUGGAGAAAAUUCGCCAUUUCCUAUAUGAAAAUAACAAAAAGUCCCCAGUUUCAGUGCCUCGAUUGAUUGGGAAUAUGAACACAAGGAGGGUUCUGGUAAUGGAAUAUAUUGAUGGAGUCCCGAUUCUGAGGCUUGGAGACGAGAUAGCAAAAAGAGGCAUAAAUCCUGAGGGUAAGGUAGCGGCAGCAGCAAAGCAGAACAUCCUAAAAAGUUUGACUCUGGCUUAUGGGCAAAUGAUAUUGAAGAGUGGGUUCUUUCACGCGGAUCCUCAUCCUGGGAAUAUUUUAAUUUGUAGAGGUUCUCAGGUGGCGUUGCUUGAUUAUGGGCAAGUGAAGGAUCUUCCUAAUCAAUUAAGAUUAGGGUAUGCUAGUCUGGUGCUUGCUCUUGCAGAUCACGAUCCAAUCAGGGCAUCAGAAAGCUACAGGGAGCUCGGUAUAGACACCGUAAGCAACUGUGAGGAUGAGCAGACGGAGUUGUUUAGAUUGGCUCAAACUAUGUUUGAUACAAAGCUACCACCUGGUGUAACUAUGUUGCAACCAUUUGCAGAAGAAUCUUCGAUUAAAAAAGUUGGCGUUGAGGCUUUCCCAGAAGAACUGUUCUCUGUUCUUCGCACGGUGCAUUUGUUGAGGGGGCUUAGCGUUGGGCUUGGAAUCAACUACUCGUGCACUGAGCAGUGGAGACCCAUCGCAGAAGAAGCUCUGUAUCGUGCUGGGCGACUAACAGAGAAGGACCUCAAAACAACUUCGAUUCGGAAACGUGGUUUUUUCAGAGGAUUGUUUGGGAGAUAGGAGUGACAUUUACAGGCAACAGAAGAAUAGGAUUGUUGAAAUUAUUCAUAUCAUGCUCAUUCAUAUUUUCAAUCUCAUUCAUUUUUUUGCUUGCUUUAUAUUCCUCAUUCCUCACCCACCUUAUGGACUCUCUUUAUUUUGGUUUUUGUAACACCUUUACUAUACUCUCGAUAUUGAAUUUAUAUUUUUACAUUUUAUAUUUUCCCCACUUCUCAAUUUUAGGCAUGUCAUCUGGCUUCUCCCAACUCACAGACUCACCACCAACCAGGAAGGCGUGUCCCGCAAAAUCGGGCUCAACCCCUCUAAGCGGAAGGCUCGCUGGGACGCGACACCCACCACGGCAGCCCGACUGGACGUGCCAGCACCCCAUUGGGCUGACACUUGUGGGUGCUAUAGUACUGUUAUGUGUUUUUAAGAUGUCUCUUGUUAAUAAUAGUCAUCAUUUGUAUAGAAACUUAUAAUGAAUCAUGUUAUUCCGAAUCCUGAUUAAAAAAAUAAUUUGAAAAUAAAUACGAAAAUAGAAGAUAAAUAUGUA